CUUAUUGAGACUUGUGACAAGGACAAAAUAAGAAAAAACAGGACUUGUGCUUUCUAUAAAUCCGAGGAGUAUGACAUAACUAAAGGGAAGUUGGACUCUUUACCGUCUCCUGACGAAACCAGUGAAGCUAUUCUAGUUAAACGAGAUAUCCCUUGGUGGCAGAAUUUUCCUAAGCGAUGGGUUGUUGUACUGCUAUGUUUUGCAGCAUUUUUGUUAUGCAACAUGGACCGUGUGAACAUGAGCAUUGCUAUACUCCCAAUGUCAAAAGAGUUUAACUGGAACAGUGCAACAGUUGGUUUGAUUCAGCCUUCUUUUUUCUGGGGCUAUCUACUCACUCAGAUUCUUGGAGGCAUAUGGGCAGAUAAAAUAGGUGGAAAGCUAGUACUGGGUUUUGGAGUUGUCUGGUGGACAGUAGCUACUAUUUUGACACCUAUUGCUGCAAGAAUUGGACUUCCAUUUUUGCUUACUAUGCGUGCUUUUAUGGGAACUGGCGAGGGUGUGGCUAUGCCAGCAAUGAACAACCUACUUUCUAAGUGGAUUCCAGUGUCAGAGAGAAGUAGAUCACUUGCACUUGUAUACAGCGGCAUGUAUCUUGGUUCUGUUACUGGGCUGGCUUUCUCCCCUAUCUUAAUCCACAAGUUUGGGUGGCCAUCUGUUUUCUACUCAUUGGGCUCCCUUGGAAGCAUCUGGUUUGCAUUAUGGCUAAAUAAAGCAUAUAGCUCCACGAAUGAAGACCCAGAGCUUAGUAAAGAAGAAAAGAAACUAAUCAUGGGAAGCGGCAUAUCAAAGGAACCAGUUAAGGUCAUUCCAUGGCGAUUAAUCUUAUCAAAAGCUCCUGUUUGGGCUCUUAUAAUCUCUCACUUCUACCAUAAUUGGGGAACUUUUAUCCUCCUAACAUGGAUGCCUACGUACUACAAUCAGGUUUUGAAGUUCAACCUAACUGAAUCUGGACUCCUCUGUGUAUUGCCUUGGUUGACUAUGGCUGCCUUUGCAAAUAUAGGAGGGUGGAUCGCUGACACACUCGUGAGCAGAGGUCUUUCCAUAACAGCAGUGCGUAAGAUCAUGCAAACGAUAGGCUUUUUGGGACCGGCCUUCUUCCUCACACAGCUAAGCUAUGUCAGAACACCUGCCAUGGCAGUGCUAUGCAUGGCAUGUAGCCAGGGAUCAGAUGCAUUCUCUCAGUCAGGCCUUUAUUCCAAUCACCAAGACAUUGACCCACGCUAUGCUGGAGUUCUAUUAGGACUGUCGAACACUGCUGGGGUGCUGGCUGGUGUUUUUGGUACAGCUGCUACUGGCUACAUACUCCAACGAGGCUCCUGGGAUGAUGUGUUUAAGGUGUCAGUUGCAUUGUACAUCAUAGGCACAUUAGUCUGGAACUUAUUUUCAACCGGAGAGAUGGUUCUCGAUUAGGAAAAUGCUAGAAUUCUAUACAAGGAAGAACAGAAGCCCGCAUA